AGCUUGGCCUACUCCUUACAAAAUGGCGGGCAACUUUUGGCAGAGCUCGCACUCGCAGCAGUGGAUUCUGGACAAACAGGAUCUGCUGCGGGAGCGUCAGCACGAUUUGUUGGCUCUAAACGAGGAUGAAUACCAAAAGGUGUUUAUAUUCUUUGCCAACGUGAUCCAGGUGCUGGGCGAACAGCUAAAACUUAGGCAACAAGUCAUUGCAACUGCCACGGUGUACUUUAAGCGAUUCUACGCGAGGAACUCUCUGAAAAACAUCGAUCCCCUGCUGCUGGCGCCCACCUGCAUCCUGCUGGCCUCCAAAGUGGAGGAGUUUGGGGUCAUAUCGAAUUCCAGGCUGAUUUCGAUCUGCCAGUCGGCUAUCAAGACCAAGUUCAGCUAUGCGUAUGCCCAGGAGUUUCCCUACCGCACGAACCACAUUCUGGAGUGCGAGUUUUACCUGCUGGAGAACCUGGAUUGUUGCUUGAUCGUCUAUCAGCCGUACAGACCGCUCCUGCAAUUGGUCCAGGACAUGGGCCAGGAGGACCAGUUGCUCACCCUGAGCUGGCGCAUUGUCAACGAUUCCCUGCGCACCGAUGUCUGCCUGUUGUACCCUCCCUAUCAGAUCGCCAUUGCAUGCCUGCAGAUCGCCUGCGUUAUUCUGCAAAAGGACGCCACGAAACAGUGGUUCGCUGAGCUGAAUGUGGAUCUGGAUAAGGUCCAGGAGAUCGUGCGCGCCAUUGUCAAUCUGUACGAGUUGUGGAAGGACUGGAAGGAGAAGGACGAGAUACAGAUGCUGCUGUCCAAGAUCCCCAAGCCAAAACCACCUCCACAGCGCUGAAAACACCUCAUAUUUUUGUACUAUUAGAUUAAAUGCCCCACUUAAGUGUAUGUAUUUUAAUUAUUUAUGCCGAUUAAAAGGUGGUUUGACAAAUCCACUAAAUCGCUAGAAAUAUAUUUUGUUUUUUAAGUAUAUUCU